AUGGCCUCAACCGACGACGCUUUAGAAACUUAUACACACCUCCCGCUCCACAUCGAUCCCCAAACAAAACAAAUCUCCGUCCUAUCCUCAGACAAGGCGCUACAGGAUGCGAUCUCCAAUAUAAACAAGCUCCACACGUCCUUCAAGUCACUCGAGACCCCAAAUAAUAUCCCGCCUCCUCCUCUUCCGGUCAACCCCAAACGAUCAGGCCAGAUCCAGAAACUACGAGAGUCUGCAGUGGCAGCGUCUCGCAAAGGCCAGCACGCAGAUGCUAUCCGCCUCCUCGGAGUUGGCAUAGAUAUGGCUGCUGCACGACCAGGAUGGGAACCCAUGGGCCUGGCCAGAGAAGAGCUCGCUUUGAUGUAUCUCUCGCGGGCUGCUGCCAAUGCUGACCUUCAAAACUGGGUGGAGGGUCUGAAAGAUGCAGAGUGCAGCCUUGAAUGCAAACGAGGCCCUGGCACCGGUCCCAACGGGGAGAAGGUCCCUGGCAAUGCGAAAGCCUACAUUGUGGGAGGACGAUGUUUGAUGGAGAUGGGACGAUGGCAGGAUGCAGUUGAGUGGUUGGAGAGAGCGAUUGAGAUCGAGGGCAAGGAAGGCGACGAUGGCCGCGAACUUAUGCGGCGGCUAAUCGAAGCAAAGAGACAUACUGGAAACAAGGAUUGA